CAGGUACCUCAGUCUUCUGGGGCUUUUUCGGGUUUGUUUGUUUGUUUGUUUGUUUUGCUUUGAUUUUUCUGCUUGAACACAAAACACAAAGAGGGAAGACCGAGGAGUUUGCUUGAUGCUUUAGUGCAAUGGACGUAAGAUUUUAUUCACCACCGCCGCCGCCACCACCUCCUCCACCGCCGCCGCCACCUCAGUCUGCAGCCGCUCCUGAGACUCCGUGCCUGGGACCUUCUCCUUGCUUGGACCCCUACUAUUGCAACAAGUUUGACGGUGAAAACAUGUAUAUGAGUAUGACAGAGCCGAGCCAGGAGUAUGUGCCAGCCAGCCAGUCUUUUCCAGGCCCAAGUCUUGAAAGUGAAGAUUUUAACAUACCUCCUAUCACUCCACCUUCAUUACCUGACCACUCACUGGUACAUUUGAAUGACACAGAAUCUGGUUAUCCUUCACUGUGUCAUCCUAUCAACCAUAAUGGUCUGCUUCCAUUCCAUCCACAAAACAUGGACCUACCUGAAAUCACCGUCUCCAAUAUGCUUGGCCAAGAUGGAACACUGCUUUCAAAUUCACUGUCUGUGUUGCGAAACUGGACUCACAUGGCAGCUGAAGAAUUUGCUAUGCAAGAAUUACGGAAUACAGAAGGAGCUCAAUAUGGUUCCCAUCCCCAGAUAGCUGCCAUGAGACCAAGGGUUCAGCCUGGAGAUAUGAGGCAACCAGGAAUGAUGCAGCAUGGCCAGCUGACUACCAUUAACCAGUCACAACUAAGUGCUCAGCUUGGUUUGAAUAUGGGUGGAAGCAACGUUCCCCACAAUUCUCCAUCUCCUCCUGGAAGCAAGUCUGCAACUCCUUCACCAUCCAGUUCAGUUCAUGAAGAUGAAGGGGAUGAUACUUCUAAGGUCAAUGGGGGAGAAAAAAGACCUGCCUCUGAUAUGGGAAAGAAACCCAAAACACCCAAGAAGAAGAAGAAGAAGGACCCUAAUGAGCCACAGAAGCCUGUUUCUGCAUAUGCAUUAUUUUUUCGAGACACUCAAGCAGCCAUUAAGGGUCAAAACCCAAAUGCUACAUUUGGCGAAGUUUCUAAAAUUGUAGCUUCUAUGUGGGAUGGCUUGGGAGAAGAACAAAAACAGGUAUAUAAAAAGAAAACUGAAGCUGCUAAGAAGGAAUAUCUGAAGCAGUUAGCUGCAUACAGAGCAAGCCUUGUAUCCAAGAGCUACAAUGAACCUGUGGAUGUUAAGGUAUCCCAACAACCUCAGAUGAUGAAUGCAAAGCAGUCGGUGUUCCAUGGAUCUACACAACCUCAUUCAGCCUUGUAUCUAAGUUCCCAUUACCACCAACAAGCGGGAAUGAAUCCUCACAUAACAGCCAUACAUCCCAAUAUUCCGAGGAAUAUAGCACCUAAGCCUAACAACCAAAUGCCCGUGACUGUUUCCAUAGCCAACAUGGCUGUGUCUCCACCUCCAUCCCUUCAGAUGAGUCCUCCAAUUCACCCGCAUCUCAGUAUACAACAACACCAGCCACUUACAAUGCAGCAGUCCAUUGGCAACCAGCUACCAAUGCAGGUCCAGUCUGCUUUACAUUCACCUACAAUGCAACAAGGUUUUACUCUGCAGCCUGAUUACCAGAAUAUUAUCAACCCAACAUCUACAGCUGCGCAAGUUGUUACCCAAGCAAUGGAGUAUGUUCGUUCAGGGUGCAGAAAUCCCCCAGCACAGAGUGUGGACUGGAAUAAUGAUUACUGCAGUAAUGGGGCAAUGCAGAGGGACAAAGCAUUGUACCUUACCUGAAAAUGUUUCGGUAAAGCACCUCUUCUUUCCACUGAGGAACGCAGGGAAGUCUUUUCAUCACGGAUUGCUUUUUGCGGUCAAGGCAGUUCUACAUUUAUUUAGAAAAUAUAAGUUGCUAAGCACUUAGGACUUAUUUGAGCUGGUGGGUCAUUCACUCUGGGAAAAAAUAGUCUUGCUCCUUCUUCUGCCCCCUUCUUUCUUUUUCUUUCUCCUUCGACAUCCUUUAAUGGACAUUGCUUUUCUUCUUUCCUUAAGGAAGGAGGCUUGGACCAUUCAGAUUUUAUGUUGGUUUUUAUUUUUGCUGUGAAGUGCUGCGCUAGUAACUGCCUUAGCAACUGUAGAUGUCUUGGAUAAAAGUCCUGGAUUUUCCAUUGGUUUUCAUAAUGGGUGUUUAUAUGAAACUACUAAAGACUUUUUAAAUGGCUUGAUGUAGCAGUCAUAGCAAGUUUGUAAAUAGCAUCUAUGUUACACUCUCCUAGAGUAUAAAAUGUGAAUGUUUUUGUAGCUAAUUGUAAUUUGAAACUGGCUCAUUCCAGUUUAUUGAUUUCACAAAGGGGGUUAAAUUGGCAAACAUUCAUAUUUUUACUUCAUUUUUAAGCAACUGACUAAUAGUUCUAUAUUUUCAAACUCUUUGGAAGAAAAAAGGAAAAUUAUUCCCAAAUGAAUUUAAUUAAACAGAAAUUGGCUUUGUGUCAUUAGUUAUACAAAAAAAAAGUCUAGUGUUGGGAAAAGAGCAAACACAUUUAUUUUGUACUGCCUAAAACUGCUUUUUUAUCACUUUAUGUGUAACGGUUAGUAAACGUCAUUUACGUCCUCUUAUGUAUAAAACUGCCAAAUGCUUUCUUGAUAUUUUAUUAGAUGCAGAAACAGAUUGGAAACAGCUAAAUUAUAACCUUUACAUAUGGCUAUGUAUUAUUGUUUCUUCAUACUGUGUCUGUAUUUAAUCUUUUUUUAUGGAAGCUGUUGCGCCUAUUUAUGAAAUAAUAAAUAUAGGUGUUUGUAAGUAAAUUUGUUAGCAUCUUAAAGAGGAUUUUUUAAACUACUUUUGUUGGCAUCAAUGUAUUUGCUGCUGGUGUGAAUACUUUUAGUUUUACAGUAAUAUGAAUAAAACCAAACCAGCUUUAUCUGGCAGAAAAUGAAGGUAAUCAGCAUUUAUUCUGCACUCCAUAUUUUGAUCUGAGACCAAAAGGGGCGGGGGAUGAGAGGAGAACUAAAUCCUUAAGAAACUUCUCUCUUGCUCUGGUCAUGUAAGAGAAGGCUGUUCAAGUAACAUGUUAUAUAGACAACGUUAGUGAUGAGUAAUUAAAAGAGACAUGAAGCACAUCAAAAGUCUGAUGUGCACAGGGACUUCCCCAUUCUCUUCUAUGAAGGGAAGCUUUCUGCACAUUCACAGGGAUUGUGUGACAUGCACAGGUCAUUCCUCUGCUCGUAGAUAACAACGGAGAAGCCCCUGCAUGCAGACAGCUUCAUGUAAUCUACUGGCUAUAUAGCCACUGUUUUAAAUGUAUGCCUUCAGUGUUCAAAGUUCAUCUUCCCCAAAAGUGAAGGAGAAUUAUAAUGGAAAAAAUAAACCAAAAUGUCAAGUUACCAAAAAUGCUUCAGUGAUGAAGGCAAAAAGGGCUGUGUUAGUACGUUUAUGAGUAGGAAGUAGCAGAAACAGGGCUAAUUCAGUGCUUCCUUAGUAAACGCUGGAUGGUCCAAGAAUAGAAUAAGGAAUGAGAGAGGCCAGAACUGCGUAUUUGUAAGGUUUAGACCAUGGAUAGUUAAGGACAACCCGUUCUGAGAUGAGUCCAUCUUAAAUGAUACAAGUUUCACAGUUCUCCAAAUGGGAGUGGGCCUACCUAGGAAGGGGAAAAUAAUUAUCAUAGGUGUCCAAAACACGUUCAGUUCUCCCACCUGUGUAUUGAAUAGGCAUGGACAGAAGCCCUCUUCAGGCAUUCGGUGCUGAUCAGUAGCACUCUUUUCCCCCAAACUUUACCUAAAAUCCUUCCUCUCCUCAUCCCAGCCGAGCAUCAGAUUAUAUCUUGAGCAAGUUGUUUCUCAUCAUUCCCAUUUCUUUUUGUUUGUUUUCCACAGACAAUGAUCCCUGCCAGGCAAAGCAUCUCUCUUUGUUUGAGGUAGUUUACAAUAGUUUGCUCACUCUGGCAAAGUUUUAGAACCCUUCUAUUGGUCAAAUUGAUCAUCAGUUGGCUUCUGUUUCACAUGUGAAAUAGAGACAUUGUAUGAAUCCAAUUUUUAAAAAAUGUAAAAUGCCUAAAAUUUACAGUGUUUACUUUGAAAUAAAAUUAGACAAUGUACAACCUCAAAUCACUUGAGCAUGUAAUAACUAAUAAAUAACGCAGAUCGGAUGUGAUUAUUCAAAUGGCUGUAGCUGAGUUCUAAUUUUCUUGUCUUGAAUCCAUAUAGGAAUUCCUGAUUACAUUCAAUUUGUUGUCUUUAUGUUGAGUACUUUAGAAAUAGGCCAGCACUAACAAUUAGCUAAUGUUUUCUAUUAAUUCUGUUAUGAUAAAACUUCAUUUCCCGCUCAAAUUAAUUCUAUAAAAAGAGCAGCAAUUAGAGUUUAUGGGAAUCCACUUUGAGGUGAUUUGAUGGGAAAAUGUUGUAUUAUCAGCAUCUUUUCUAGAGAGGCUGUGCUGUCACCAUUUAUUAAGUUCAGUAGCCAACCAAGGUUCAAACUAGAAGCAAAUAUUAAUGUCAAUAAAACGUAUGUCAUAAAUAAA